AUGAAAUUGGUCAGAUUCUUGAUGAAGCUCUCUCACGAGACUGUCAACAUUGAGCUGAAAAACGGAACACAAGUUUCUGGAACAAUCAUGGGAGUAGACGUCGCCAUGAACACACAUCUUCGUGCUGUAUCGAUGACAGUCAAAAACAAGGAUCCAGUCAAACUUGACACCCUUUCCAUCAGAGGCAACAACAUUAGAUAUAUUAUCCUACCAGACCCACUCGCUCUCGACACUCUUCUCAUCGAUGACGAGCCGAGAAAGAAGGCACGCGCUGCUCGCGCUGGAGCAUCUCGAGGUCGUGGUGGGCGCGGUGGAAUGCGCGGAAGAGGAGGAAGAGGCGGUCGCGGACGCGGAGGACCACGCGGAGGUGGACGCGGACGUUAA